AUGAAGAACCUUGAUGAAGGAAGCGUUGAUGAUGAUGAAGGAAGGACGGGGAAAGGACGGUUGGUGGAGAGGAGGGAAAUGGGUGAAGAUAGUGACAUUUCAAGAGAAUUUGGAGAUUUAUGUUCAAAUAUGGCAGAUUCAUGGAAGAAAAUGUUGAAAAGAUUGAAUGAAACAGUAUCAAACAACAAGAUUGGCAAAUUCUUCAAAUUACAAGAAAGAAAAACAUGUUUCACCCAAGAACUAAGAGCUGCAACCGCCACAUUCCUCACCAUGGCUUACAUCAUAACCGUCAACGCCACCAUCUUAACCGACUCCGGCGGCCCAUGCUCCGUCUCCGACUGCUCUCCUCCGGCCAGUCCCCAAUGCACCAUGGAACCUAAUCCAGGUUACCAAAACUGCCUCUCAAAAGUCAAAACCGAUCUCAUUGUCGCAACCGCUUUAUCCUCAAUGAUCGGGUCUAUUUCCAUGGGAAUUUUCGCAAAUUUACCUCUAGGUCUAGCUCCGGGCAUGGGUCAGAAUGCUUACUUAACUUAUAAUCUCGUCGGUUUUCAUGGGUCCGGACCCAUCUCUUAUAAAACAUCGAUGGCGAUCGUAUUAGUGGAGGGUUCGGUGUUUCUCCUUAUCGCGGUGUUCGGUCUCCGCUCCAAAUUGGCUCGUGUAAUACCUAAAAAUAUUCGGUUAGCUAGUGCGGCGGGGAUCGGGCUUUUUAUUGCGUUUGUGGGCCUACAAUCGAGUCAAGGUGUUGGUCUUGUGGGACCCAACCGGGCCACGUUGGUUUCUAUUGCGGCAUGUACGAGUAAAGAUCCCGCCACGGGUAUAUGUACCAGUGGCGUGAUGACGAGCCCGACGUUCUGGUUAGGAGUAUUCGGGUUCGUCAUAAUUUGUCAUGGGUUAAUCAAGAACGUUAAAGGUAGUAUGAUAUAUGGUAUUUUAUUUGUGACAAUAACAUCGUGGUUUCGUGACACCUCCUUUACGUAUUUUCCAAACACACAAGUUGGGGAUUCGAACUACAAAUACUUUCAAAAGAUUGUGGAUUUCAAAAUGAUAAAGUCAACCGCAGGUGCGAUAAGCUUCUCAAAUUUUAACACGAGUCGUGUUUGGGUGGCUAUCGUGACUUUGCUAUACGUCGACGUUUUAGGCACCACGAGCACUCUAUACACAAUGGCGGGGAUCGCAGGUCUUGUAAAAGAAGAUGGGAGUUUUGAAGGCGAAUAUUUUGCGUAUAUGGUGGAUGCGGGGGCCACCGUGGUGGGGUCCGCUUUGGGGGUUUCGCCAAUCGCGACUUAUGUUGAGUCGUCGAGCGGGAUUCGAGAGGGAGGUAGGACUGGUUUAACUGCUGUUUUUGUGGGGGUUUAUUUUUUUGUGUCAAUGUUUUUCAUACCAUUGUUUUCGAGUGUGCCGGCUUGGGCGGUUGGGCCUUCGUUGGUUAUUGUUGGGAUUUUGAUGAUAGGAGUCGUGAAAGAUAUUGAUUGGGAGAAUAUAAGGGAGGCGGUUCCGGCUUUUGUGACGAUGACUUUGAUGCCGUUGACUUUUUCGAUAUCGAAUGGUUUAGUAGGUGGGAUUGGGAUGUAUGUGGUGCUUAGUUUAUAUGAUUAUUUUGAGGGUUUGAUUAAGUGGGGAAUGAAUUUUAGAAAGGAUGUGGUUAAAGAAAAUAAUUUAGAGACAAUAGAGAUGAUAUAA